AUGUCAAAUAUAAACUUAAAUUGUUUAUUGGUAGAACAAAUGAUAAAAGAUACAGUUUAUAGUGUUGCCUGUUGGUUUAAUAUUUUUAUAAUUUUAUUCAUUCUUUUAUUAAUCUUUAUUUUAUUUCGAGAAUAUUCAAAAUCCAAAAUAUCUUUGCAUUGCAAUUUAAUUAUAUUAAUAGCCAAUGCCGUUGUUUAUUAUCUCAUUUAUUCAAUUCCAACCCUUUUAAUUCUUUUACGUUAUAAGUAUCUCGGAUUUACUUAUAAAGAUAAUUGUGAAUUAUUAACACCCAUUUGGCUUGUAAUUUUUUCUGUUUCUCCAAAUUAUUUUUAUUUAAUUGCAAAUGCUGGUGUUCAUUUUCUUAUAAUGUUGGAACGUGUUAGAGCAACUGUUUGUAUUUGGCAAUAUGAAACUAAGGGAAAGAUAUGUGCGAUUCGUGGGACUAUAGUUGUCUGGUCAUUGUCUAUUGUUUACACAAUUUAUGUCAUCUUAUCUGCACUAGCUGAUACUGAUACCUUUGGUCAACCAAUGGGUGUUGUUUAUUUAACAUCAAAAUAUAAUGCAACAAUUUUACUUUAUACUUAUUAUUUAAUUCUGUUUAUUGCUACGAUCACUACAAUUUGUGAUUUUGUUAUCUAUAAAACCAACAAGACUUUCAAGAAGAGGUUUUACAAUUGACUUAUGUUAUCCUCAUUUGCUGUUGCACUCCCCCCUCCCCCCCCUCCUUCCUCCCCUUACGUGCCAUCCACCGG